AUGAAUCAUACAGGGUCUCUGUCUGGAGCCUUCUUUGAGGAAGCUGUCUCGACGACUCCAGACUCCAAGUGGUGCGAGAAGGCAGCCGAUAGCCUCCGAGACGUUUUUGACGUACGGGAUCGCUCGCCAAAGUUUGGGGCACCGGUUGACGAAGCUGCGCGGGUAAUCAUUCUCUCUGAAUACCCUUCGAAGGUAUUUUACCUCGGCAACUUUAACUUCUGGUUCGCUGCAGUGCGUCUCAACAUGCCGAUAGGGCGUCCUUACGCAACCGCCUUUGUGGCUGAUUGGGUGGCUUCUGUUGUAAUUCAGUACUUGCAUCGUGUUUGUCACUUUCCUGAGUACUUUAAUCUUAAGGCCACCACAGUCUUCGCGACAGACGAGGACAUCAAGGAAGGCCAACUGGCGGUGGCAAGAUCUCAAGGUCAACUUCAAGGUCAAGAGAAGAGCGCAACCAAACUACUGGUCCAAGACAUCACUGUGACAGGUAAACUGACGUUGGGCGAGGCGGAAUCUAAUCACCAAUACCAGUUUCAAACUGUGCCCGUCGUCGAGGCCGUUCACUUCCGGAUAGUGUUAACAGACAUUAGCAUCAACGGAAGAUCUCUGAUCGAAAACUGUCAGGAGCUUAACUCCGGUUUGACAGUUUUGGAUAGCGGAACGCCGAACAUAAUGCUUCCAGCAGUGGUGUACAGUCGCUUUAAGAAGGAAUUACUGGCACAUUUUGAGCAAGCUGCAAGCUCCCUCAGCCAGUCAGGCAAGGACCUCUUUCGAGCUGGAGCCAAGAUCUGUCAGGACAUCGGUGAAGCCGAUACAGCCUUUCCAGGCGAUGUUUAUGCGGCCUUUCCGACGCUGGAAUUUGAUGUCCUCGCGCAGACCGGCCUUGACCCCCAGAUCCUGCGACUCAGUCUGUCUGCUCAGCAAUAUCUGCGUUAUGUGGGUCGAUCUAACAUUGCAAACGCCAAUCGAGACUGCUUCACUUUGGCCAUCGGAGCAUCUCCAAACGCGGACCUACUACUUGGAAUGAGUUUCCUCGAGGGCUUCGAAGUACUCUUCAACAGACAAGACAAGAAGGUUGGUUUCCGCACCUCCGAUUGCGUCUCAUACACUCAGUACCCCAAUCUUCCAAAUUCCCGUGUGGUGGGAGUUUAUCAGUGGAAUUCAGCGGGUGACAAGUCCUCACCGCCGGAACAGUGUUCACCACUGCUUAUCAGCAAACAAAAUGUGGCAAAGCUAGACGCCUUGGGAAUCAUUUUAAUAGUUUUCAGCGUCUUUGUUUUUCUAAUCCUUUGUGGUGCACUCGCCUUCUUCCUUCAUUGGCGAAGAAACAAAGGGCUCCGCGUCGCCGCGAACGCCGAUGGCGAUAAGAGCGAAAUUGAAAUUUAG